AUGACCAAGCCAAAGGUGUUCGUGAUUGGUGUAGGAAUGACGAAGUUCUGCAAGCCAGGAUCUCGUGACUGGGACUAUCCUGACAUGGUCAAGGAAGCCGUGAACAUGGCUCUGGAUGAUUGCAAGCUAAAAUACAGCGACAUACAGCAGGCCACUGUUGGCUAUCUUUUCGGUGGCACCUGUUGCGGACAGAGAGCUCUUUAUGAACUUGGUUUCACUGGAAUUCCAAUCUUCAACGUAAGACUUACUCAGCUCUGCUGCAUCAAUAGAUGUAAGGUUAACAAUGCAUGUGCAUCGGGAUCGUCAGGACUUUUACUCAACUACGUUGUAGGGAAUUCCGAUGUAGUCCUCGCUUGCGGAUUCGAAAAGAUGGCUACC